AGUCCAGCGAGUCGUCCCCGUGUUUUUCUCAUUUACAAACCCAACCCAUAAAGGCCAUCUCUGCGGUGUUGGAGAGCGCAAAAAUGUCCGCCUUCGACGCCUACAGUAUGGACGGUGAAGACAGCUAUGGCGGUUACGGAUCCUACACCAAUUUCUCCGGCGGCUUCCCUGGGGACGCCGAUGUAAGCGUUGAGCACACUCCUGCCUCGCCGGAUGUCUUCGGAUUCGACGAUCCGAGCCCUAACUACUCCCAGGCUCCGUUUGAUCCGAUUCAUAUGGAGAAUGGAAAUGGAAACGGCUAUGGCGCGGCUGAGGAGGAAGUUGGUGAUGGUGUUUUCGUAUCGGAUGGUCCAAUUCUUCCGCCUCCCACCGAGAUGGGCGUGGAAGAAGGAUAUGCUCUUCGUGAAUGGCGUCGCCAAAAUGCCAUUGAACUUGAAGAGAAGGAGAAAAGGGAGAAAGAAUUGAGAAUCAAAAUAAUUGAAGAAGCCGAGGAGUAUAAAAUAGGUUUCUAUGAGAAAAGAAAGCUUAAUGUUGAGAGUAAGAAAGUUAACAACAGAGAAAGAGAGAAGUUAUACUUGGAAAACCAGGAGAAGUUUCAUAAAGAGGCUGAUAAACAAUACUGGAAAGCAAUUGCAGAACUAAUUCCCAACGAAGUUCCUAAUAUUGAGAAAAAGAGAGGAAAGAAGAAGGAUGAAGAAAAGAAACCAUCUAUAUUGGUUGUUCAAGGUCCGAAGCCUGGGAAGCCUACCGACCUUUCGAGAAUGCGUCAAAUUCUCGUAAAAUUGAAGCACACACCCCCACCUCAUAUGAAGCCACCCCCACCCCCACCUGCCAAGGAUGUCAAGGAUGCCAAAGAUGCAAAGGAUGGAAAGGAUGCCAAAAAAGAAAAGGAUGCAGCAGCAACAAAAGCAUCAUCUGAUCCUGCACCUGGAGCUGCCACUGCCACUGCCACUGCCAAUGCCAAUGGCAGUUCUCACAAACCUCAAGAACCAACUGCCGCUGAGGAUCAAAUUGCCACAUAAAGGACAUAGCCAUAGCCAUUAUCAGCUUCCUUCUGCUCAAUACUUCUUACUUUUUUUCCUUUGAGGCUUCGUUGUUUUCGUUUUGUUUGUCUAUCCUUGGAUUUGAAUGUGUAAUCAGUUGUGAUCUCUUAUUAUACAACAUUUAUUCUUCUGUACCUUAUGACGGUCUCUUCUCUAGUGGCAUUAUCUUUUGGACUUGUCCAGGUUCUGUUCUUUACA